UGUUGUUGUUGUUAGUAGUUUGUGCUACACUCUACAUGAAUUAUCGAUGGACAUAUGAAACAAAUGUUAUUUAUUUCAUUCAGAAGAGGUCACAAAAUGGGGCACUGCCAUUGUAAACGUACUGAAUUUUAACAUCACGAGCCACGGCUAUGACGGUUACCAAACAUACCGGCUACUUUAUUUGUGUACAUGUCAAUAGUGACACAGCUGGCGGUUAGUUUUGACAUUUAAACUAUGUUCCUGUUUCUUCAUUUGCGUGUUUUUAUUCAGUCACACCUGACAUCUUAAAACCCGUCAAAAGAAUGAUCAAGAGUUUGCCCAAAGAAGUUCAAGCACAGCUGCGCUCUGGCGUUGCCAUUUUCUCCUUGCAGCAGUGUGUGGAAGAGCUGAUAUUGAAUAGCAUUGAUGCUGGAGCAACAUGUGUAGCUGUUAAAAUAGACAUAGAGGCCUGCAAGGUGCAGGUGAUAGACAAUGGCUCAGGAAUGUGCCAAGAGGACAUGGAGAAAGUAGGAAUCCGGUACAACACAAGCAAAUGCAGCACACUGGAGGAUUUGGAGAAUCUCCGCUUUUAUGGGUUCAGAGGGGAAGCAAUUUCCAGUAUUGUGUCCCUGGCUGAAAUGGUAGAAAUAUCCUCUAGAACAAAGCUGUCUGUGAAAACAUAUGUUAAAGGCUUCAAUGAAGGAAGGGGGUUGGAUGUUUGUGAAGCACAGACUGUUCGUCCAUCUGCGGGGACAACCGUGUCCAUCUACAACCUCUUCUACACCAUGCCAGUAAGAAGAAAGAGAAUGGACCACGUUUUAGAAACUGAGCGAAUCCGUCAGAGAGUGGAAGCCAUAUCACUGAUGCAGCCAUCUGUGUCAUUUACUGUGAAAAAGGAUAACUCGGCACACAUGAUGGUGCAGCUCUCCAAAACAAGUAGUAGCUAUUACAGGUUUGUUCAGAUUCAUGGGUUGAGUCGAGCUCAAAAGCUUGGAGAGGUCAGUUAUACUCAUGAGCAGUUUGAAAUGACUGGCCAUAUUGGCCGUGAGGGCCACUACAACAACAGCUUGCAAUUCCUGUUUGUAAAUGGGAGGCUUCUUCUGAAGACACGCAUUCAUAAAAUGCUCAACUGCCUCUUGAAGAGAGUGAGCAGUGCGGCUAGACAAAACAACAGUCCAACUUUGUCUCCUUUAACAUCAAGCCCUAAACAAAGGGGUGGAACUGAUCUACAUGGAGUCUAUAUGUUAAACAUCAAAUGUCACUACUCUGAGUAUGACAUAUGCCUAGAACCUGCCAAGUCCCUUAUAGAGUUCAAAGACUGGGAUAAUGUUCUCAUCUGCAUUGAGGAAGGGGUAAAAUCAUUCCUCACUAAGGAAAACUUGGUGACUGAGUUUUCCAUGAAUGACACUGAUCAUUUGGUGAGUGUUUUUGAUAAUCCAACAAAUAGUCCAGGGAGAAAGGUAAAGACCCUUGCAGCAGUACGAAACCUCAAGAAAAUUGCUGAGGAUACAAGUAGUACAACACAUGAGGGGUUUGAAGCACUGACUGAGAACAAGGAUAAUACCAAUGAUUUGGAAGUCUGUGGUGAUUUUCAAAUGCUGGAGCAGGUGUCAUCAAACACUGCAAGUUAUUCGAAGGAAGCCAUUCAGGGUGGUGAUUUUCCUGAACAGACCACUUUAUCAACUGCUACAGAAUUGAAUAACAAUUGCAAAGGCGACCACAUACUUGAAUGUCAUAAAAAUGCAAACUAUCCUAACAUGAAUAAUAGUGACUCACCAGUUAGUUUUAACAACAAUAAAGUGUCAGGAAGCAAGAGCCAGAUUUCAAUACUGGAUGAAAAAGGGGAACAGGAUAGUUUGCAAAAAUUUAGUUUGCCAAACAAAGUUAAUCCACCAAAGAGAAUUUUGCCAUUAAAUGACACUGAAAGAGACUUGCACAGUUGCCACAGUUUUUAUGGCACCAGUUCAAAGACUGUUAGAAUGGCACCAUGCCAUAAAUUAACUUUGUCCUUUGAAACCGGCUCUCUUGACAAGUUCAAAAGGUUGUUUGGAAAGAAUGCUGAGAAAAAACAAAAAAAUAAGGAGACAACUAGUGUUUUACAACCAGAGUCCUCACUGAGUGGCUGCUCUAUAGGAUCUACUUUGUAUUUAGAUGGUUUGGUUACAACUGAUUGCAAGAAACAAGAGAACAACAUAGACAAGCUCUUAUUGAGGAACAGCCCAUUUACUCUUUCUGAGCAUACCAGCUCUAAAUGUUCAACUGAAUCUUCACCAUGGAACAAGGGAGACAAAAUAGCAUUGGCUGCCAAAUGUUCCCAUUUAAAACGUGACAAAGUAGCAUUAAUAAUACCCCAACAUGAACAAUCCCACAAGGUCAGUAGAGAUUCUGAUUUGCUUAUUAGCGCAGACUUGUCUAGCCCAGUUGUGCAAGUUGACUCACAUUUCAGAGAGAUGUCCAGUGUUGAUCCCAUAUUCAAUGAAUUGGAAAAAAGUCCCUUUGGACAUUAUCGGAAUACACAUAAUGUGGAUAGAGAAAAUAAUGUUUUGUUCGAUUUCUCUGGAGCUGUUGAUUCUGUUUUGAGUGAUCCUUCUAAAGACCUUCAACACAUUGCUGUGAUUGAGGAGGACACACAAAUACUUGCUUCCACUUCAGAAGACUCAAACCUCAACAAAAAUAUGACUUCCUCUUGGGGAAGUUUGAGCUUUGGUGAUGAACCUGGCUUAACAUCUCAGCAUGAUCCUCAGUCACACAACACUGGAAUUGAAGGUCAGACUACAAAUGAAAGCCAUGAAAAUGAUAAAGCGAUCCCAACAUUCAGCAAUUGGCUGGCUCAUUAUGAUAGUUCAUUAGGAAAGCUGGUUUACAUCAACCAAGUUACAGGGCUCAGCAAAUAUAAUUCUCCAGUGGAGGAGACUCAAAUUGCAUGUACCACAGAUGUUACCAACAUGGCAGUCAGUGUUGUUUCAAAAACAGGAUUUGAGUACAGGUGUUAUCCAUUUCAGACAGAUAUUGUACUUCCCUUUCUGCCCAAACCCAGAGCAGAAAGAGUUCUUUGCUCAGAAACAGACAGCAGAGAGGAUGUCCAGGGUCCCAAUUCACUGUCGACUUUGUUCUCCGAAUGGAUUAACCCAGUGUUCAUACGACCACCAGAGGUAGCUGUGGAUGUGACCAGCGGUCAAGCAGAGGGCCUUGCUGUAAAAAUCCACAACAUUCUUUUCCCCUACCGGUUUACCAAGAAUAUGAUCCACACAAUGAGAGUCAUCAAUCAAGUGGACAAGAAGUUUAUUGCUUGUUUGAUAAACACAACGGAGGAAGACACCUCGGAAAGCAGUGAAAAUAAAGGAAAUCUUCUUGUGUUGGUUGAUCAACAUGCUGCCCAUGAAAGAGUUCGACUGGAGGGGUUGGUAACAGACUCCUUUGAGGAUGACCCAGACACACCUGGAAAAAAGAGGCUGUGUUCCUCAAGUGUAACUCCACCCUUGGAGAUUAGUAUAACAGAGGAGGAAAUGAGACUUCUGAGGUCUUAUCAGGCAUUUUUGAGGGAUAUCGCUUUAGACGUAAGCUUCCCAAAGAGCGAAUCAUUGAAUGUGUCAUUGGAGAGACUUCCCACGUGUUUCACAGAGAAAGAAAGCAUAGAGCUUCGCCGUGGAAGGCGGUCGGUAAUUAAAACCAUUGCAGAGGACUACCUGCGUGAACAUAUUGAGCUUCUGCGCUCAACAGGAAGAGUGAGAGGAACGUUGCCUUUAACAGUUCAUAAUGUGCUCGCCUCACAAGCCUGUCAUGGAGCGAUUAAGUUCAAUCACAUUUUGAGUAAAGAGGAGUGUUGUAGUCUGGUGAGCUCGCUCUCCUCUUGCCAGCUUCCCUUCCAGUGUGCCCAUGGAAGACCUUCCAUUGUCCCUCUGGCAGAUCUUCACCACUUAGAAGAUCAACAGGAUCCUCCUAAACCAAAUCUGAAGAAACUGAGAAGGAUGUACAAGUCAUGGCAGCUCUAUGGACAAACUAAACCUCUGUCACAAAACAAAGCAUGAAAUUAUAAGUGAAGAUCUCCUGCACUUUACAAUUUGUAUUAAAUUAUUUACCUUAAUAGAGAUUGUUUUCUUCUCUUUAUUUCUAUUUAUAUUAAAUGUCUAAAGCCAUGUACGUUAAUCUGAGCGAUGAACAUAGGAUGACUUUUAUUUUGUAGUUUCACUUGUAGUGGCCAGUAGUAAAGGGAUAUACCCAAUCAAUAGCUAUAGGCCUCCAAUCAAAUGGUGUGCUGUGGUCCAAUCAACGUGAACGUAGGAGGGCGCUAAAAUGGUUGACGGCGCUUGCUGCAGUUUUUUUUGAGUUUGGGGUACAUCGUGGGAGGCUGAACUGGAAGACCUCAGCCAAACAUUAACAGAACUAUCACUAAAUCGUGAUGAACAGGAUUCGGAUCCACGUGCUGCCGUCCAGCAGGGGUAGAGUGACCCAGACUGCUCGAGCCCAGGAGCCUCAGACCUGCUCCCACACCGAGAGACCCUGUUCACAGCCUCGUCUGGAAGGCCUGGAGUUCUGCAUCAAGCAUUUAUUUGAGGAUAAGAAUGCUCCUUACAGGCAGUGCAGCUACGUCUCCAACAAGAAUGGCAAGCGCUGCCCCAAUGCAGCCCUGAAACCAGAGAAGAAACAAGGGGUAAUAUUCUGUGCUGAGCACGCUCGCAGAAAUGCAUUGGUUCAACAAGCUCAAAAGUGAAAAACCUCAUCGGGACCUUCCCCUGAAGUUCUGCUGUCUCAGCUCAGUGGCUACCGUCGGCCAGAAUAUGGAGUUUACAGUCAAGAGGGACGUAGAGAAGCUAGUCGCAUACUAGGGUUUAAUAUGACGUCGGCCCACCCUUUGCAGCUAUAACAGCUUCAACUCUUCUGGGAAGGCUUUCCACAAGGUUUAGGAGUGUGUUUAUGGGAAUUUUUGACCAUUCUUCCAGAAGCGCAUUUGUGAGGUCAGACACUGAUGUUGGACGAGAAGGCCUGGCUCGCAGUUUUCGCUCUAAUUCAUCCCAAAGGUGCUCUAUCGGGUUGAGGUCAGGACUCUGUGCAGGCCAGUCAAGUUCUUCCACACCAAACUCGCUCAUCCAUGUCUUUAUGGACCUUGCUUUGUGCACUGGUGCGCAGUCAUGUUGGAACAGGAAGGGGCCAUCCCCAAACUGUUCCCACAAAGUUGGGAGCAUGGAAUUGUCCAAAAUCUCUUGGUAUGCUGAAGCAUUCAGAGUUCCUUUCACUGGAACUAAGGGGCCAAGCCCAGCUCCUGAAAAACAACCCCACACCAUAAUCCCCCCUCCACCAAACUUCACAGCUGGCACAAUGCAGUCAGACAAGUACCGUUCUCCUGGCAACCGCCAAACCCAGACUGGUCCAUCAGAUUGCCAGAUAGAGAAGCGUGAUUCGUCACUCCAGAGAACGCGUCUCCACUGCUCUAGAGUCCAGUGGCGGCGUGCUUUACACCACUGCAUCCGACGCUUUGCAUUGCACUUGGUGAUGUAUGGAUUGGAUGCAGCUGCUCGGCCAUGGAAACCCAUUCCAUGAAGCUCUCUACGCACUGUUCUUGAGCUAAUCUGAAGGCCACAUGAACUUUGGAGGUCUGUAGUGAUUGACUCUGCAGAAAGUUGGCGACCUCUGCGCACUAUGCGCCUCAGCAUCCGCUGACCCCGCUCUGUCAUUUUACGUGGCCUACCACUUCGUGGCUGAGUUGCUGUCAUUCCCAAUCGCUUCCACUUUGUUAUAAUACCACUGACAGUUGACUGUGGAAUAUUUAGUGGCGAGGAAAUUUCACGACUGGACUUGUUGCACAGGUGGCAUCCUAUCACAGUACCACGCUGGAAUUCACUGAGCUCCUGAGAGCGGCCCAUUCUUUCACAAAUACUUGUAGAAGCAGUCUGCAUGCCUAGGUGCUUCAUUUUAUACACCUGUGGCCAUGGAAGUGAUUGGAACACCUGAAUUCAGUUAUUUGGAUGGAUGAUGACAGUUGGAGUGAAGAGGAGCAGGAACCAGUUGUUUUGGAUCAGAUGUGGAGAGGAGACCCUGACAGUGAAGCAGUAAGCGUAGACAGUGACCAUGAAGACCCUUUGAAGCAUGUGGGUGUAUACAUGGCAGAGGAAGUGGCGCUCAUCACCCGCGAGAAGCUAAUCAGACUUCAGUCGCUCUACAUAGACCAAUUUAAACAUCUGCAACACUUAUUGAAAGAAAAGAAGCGACACUACCUGCACAACUGCAAAAUUGAGCAUGACACAAUUGGGAGCAGCUUGCUAACAGAUCCAGAAGGGCUGUCCAUGAAGGAGUGAGAGAACCUGAAGAAAUUAAAGGCCCUGUGUCGCUAUCUUGCCGCUAUGGCUUGGAGGCUUUGCUGCAUCGUCAGCUCGGAGAGCAUAGACAAGCAAUUACUAAGGGAGCAUCACCACAGGCAAUGCGUAUAGGCCAGAGGUGCAUUUCUUUUGUUGAGGGGACACGCUGUUCAAAUCGAUGUCUGCCAAUGACACGUCAUUGUGUGUCUCACAUUUACCAAGACAGUAGCCAAGUUUUAUUCAAGAUGUGCCCAGGCCUGAAAGAUGUUCCAUGUGAUUGGUCUGUGCACAUGGGACAGUCAGAGAAGCCCCGUUGCCCUCUGCACCUGUCCCUACCUCCACACAUGUACCAGCCUGAACAGGAGUCUCUUGCCCCGGAGCAGCUGGCUACUGCACCUACAGACAUGUACCUCAGUGCCGCGGAGCUCCAGCCAACAGAAAACCUACCUCUGGAAUUCAGUGAUGUAUGAUUUGUGUUGGGUUUUCCUCAUUAAAACAAAUCACUGUGUGCAAUUGCUUCCCACAACUGUUUUGGCACAUCCCUUCAAACUAAGUUUCACAUUAUCAGAAUAAUUAACUUCUUGCAAUUAACACAUUAAAUUUGUUCAUCAAAACACCUCGCUCCCUCUCCAGAUUGUGGAGGUAUCAUGUGGAGGUAUCAAUCAAGUAUCUACAUGCUGCAAACAGAGCUGCUCACACAUGCUGUGUAAAUCACAUACUUGCCUGUAGCCUCACAUGAAUGAAAAACAAAUUAAUCUGAAUGUUCAACAGUGAUCUGUCUUUAAUUUUGGGUGUCUGAUGUUUGUGUGCCCACAGUAAAGCCUCUCAUUUAAUCUUAUUUUUGGAAAUGUCUUAUUAUCCUGUUACGCUACUACCCCAUUUAUGUGCCUUUCCAUUACUUGUUCACAGUGCUUGUUUCCGAAAACAAUGUCUUUACACAGUAAUAGUAUUGCUGGACUUUGUGUGCUGGUUACAUUGAUCACUGACAUCUUAAUGAUGGAAUUUGAGGAUGAGAGACGAGGAGAUUUCUCAUUUUAAUAGUACUUUUGUAUGCACUGUUUCACAAAAACAUUUUGUUUUAGAAUUGUUUCUACCCUAGAUCAACAUGUUGACUUAUCUCAACUAUAUGGACCUUAAUUUGAAGAAAUGUGCCAUUAAUUGAGAUACUGAGGCUUGAAUGUCAUGACAGUAUAAUGGAGGAGGAACCUCAGAUCAAACAGGAGCCUUUGUUCUAGAUUUGCAUGAUGGGAAUUUCCCAGGAAAUGCAUAAAUGUUAUCUUGCUGCUUGGAUAUGAAUUCCUCAUUCAUUUUAAAAUUACAGUCAGUGAUGUAAUUCCAACUGCUGACAAGUCUUUUCAUGUGUAGGAUCUUGACAUUGAAGAUGAGGGUUUGCAGUGUCCCCUGUCUCCCUUGCUAUUUGACACAGCACUUGCUGUAGAGGACAUUUAUGCAUUUGGCAGACGCUUUUAUCCAAAGUGUCUGCCAAAUGCAUUAAUGUAAUGUUACAAUGUAAAUGUAAAGUGCACUGAUUACAGGGACAAUCCCCCUGGAGCAACCUGGAGUUAAGUGCCUUGAUCAAGGACACAAUGGUGGUAGCUGUGGGGUUGAACCAACAACCUUCCGCUUACCAGUUCAGUGCUUUAGUCCACUACACCACCACCACUCCUCAGAGUGGACCAAACCAUCAGAGAGAUUGCAGAGGGGGCCUCAUGGACAUUCUGACAGAGGUAGAGCAGGGUGAUCUUGAUGCCUCUGCCCAAGAUGCAGAGCUGUCAGAGAGAGAGAGAGAUGAGGUGUCUGUGGAUGACCAGAUUGAAUCUGAAAUAAUUCAAGCAGUUGGAGAAGCAGUUGCCACACACGUUCAUCACAAGACUCUGACAUGAAAACAACUGAUGCCUUAUCCUGAGCACCUUGUGACCUGAUUUUUUUCAGCUGCUGUACUGUUGAUAUUUCAAACCGUUUGAGUAACUUUGCCUACUUAAAGAAAUUUGCAUGGUUUCAGUGCAGAUGAGGAAGGUAUUUCACUGCAAUUUCAUCAAGCUGCAACAAAUCUCAGCACCUUCACCAUUUUUUCCCCCAAGUUUGAUUUCAUGUGAUAUGCAUUACCCAUACUGGGAUUUGUUUACUAAAAUAAACCUUUACAUCGUU